AAGUGUUCCUUAUUAUUUCCACUGGCUCUAAAACUUCUCAACUAAAUCAGGUGUCGAACAAUUAUUUCAAAUGCACCAAUCAGUUGUUACUAAAACUCAAGGAUACAUUUAAUAGCCACACUGAUCCAACUUAUAAAUAUAUGAUUUCGUGUGGGGCUAUAAGUAAUAUACGCAACGAUGCCUACAAUAAAAGUGAUGCCAUUGGGUGCUGGACAAGAUGUCGGCCGCAGUUGUUUGCUAUUAUCAAUGGGUGGUAAAAACAUUAUGCUUGACUGCGGUAUGCACAUGGGAUACAAUGAUGAACGCCGCUUUCCUGAUUUUUCCUAUAUUGUGCCUGACGGACCCAUCACUAGCCAUAUCGAUUGUGUGAUCAUUUCGCAUUUCCAUUUAGAUCACUGUGGUGCUUUACCUUAUAUGUCGGAAAUGGUUGGGUAUUCUGGUCCUAUUUACAUGACGCAUCCAACAAAAGCUAUUGCACCUAUUUUAUUAGAGGACAUGCGCAAGGUAGCUGUGGAGCGCAAAGGCGAAUCAAACUUUUUCACAACACAAAUGAUUAAGGAUUGCAUGAAGAAAGUGACGGCCGUCACUUUGCAUCAAAGUGUAAUGGUGGAUAAUGAGUUGGAAAUUAAAGCUUACUAUGCAGGUCAUGUGCUCGGGGCAGCAAUGUUCUGGUUACGCGUUGGUUCGCAAUCAGUUGUGUAUACGGGCGAUUACAAUAUGACACCGGACCGUCACUUGGGUGCUGCAUGGAUAGACAAAUGUAGGCCCGACCUGUUAAUUUCCGAGAGUACAUAUGCAACAACUAUACGCGAUUCAAAACGCUGUCGCGAACGUGAUUUUCUGAAGAAAGUACAUGAAUGUGUGGCUAAAGGCGGAAAAGUAUUGAUACCAGUAUUUGCAUUAGGUCGUGCACAAGAACUUUGCAUUCUAUUGGAAACCUAUUGGGAAAGAAUGAAUUUAAAAUUUCCAAUAUAUUUUGCUUUGGGCUUAACGGAGAAGGCAAAUACAUAUUAUAAAAUGUUUAUCACAUGGACAAAUCAGAAGAUACGUAAAACAUUCGUUCAGCGCAACAUGUUUGAUUUCAAGCACAUCAAACCAUUCGAUAAAGCCUACAUUGAUAAUCCAGGUGCAAUGGUAGUGUUCGCUACACCAGGCAUGUUACAUGCUGGUUUGUCAUUGCAAAUUUUCAAAAAGUGGGCACCAAAUGAAAAUAAUAUGGUUAUUAUGCCCGGCUAUUGUGUGCAAGGUACAGUGGGCAAUAAGAUUCUUGGAGGCGCUAAAAAGGUCGAAUUCGAAAAUCGACAAGUUGUAGAGGUGAAAAUGUCGGUGGAAUACCUGAGCUUUUCCGCACAUGCUGAUGCAAAAGGUAUUAUGCAACUAAUACAAAAUUGUGAGCCAAAGAAUGUUAUGUUGGUACAUGGCGAGGCAGAGAAAAUGCAAUUUUUACGCAGUAAAAUUAUGGAAGAGUUCAGCAUCGAGACAUAUAUGCCUGCAAAUGGCGAGACUUCCGUAAUCUCAACGCCUGUAAAAAUUCCCGUCGAUGCAUCGGUUUCUUUGCUGAAGGCUGAGUCCCGCGUUUAUAAUGCUCAGCCGCCAGAUCCGAAGCGGCGACGUCUUAUACACGGUGUACUUGUUAUGAAGGACAAUCGCAUAAUGUUGCAAAAUUUAACAGACACACUCAAAGAAAUUGGUAUUAACAGACACGUAAUGCGCUUUACAUCCAAAGUAAAAAUGGAUGAUCCGGGUCCACGCUUACGCACUGGCGAAAGGCUUUUUGCUUUGCUUCAAGAAAAAUUAGUUGGCUGGACUGUUAGCAUGCAAGAGAGCUGCACUAUUUGCGUGGAAACAGUUGAAAUCAAAAUUGAGGAGGACGAGAAGGAUCCAAAACAUAAAAAUAUUCUUAUAACCUGGACCAACCAGGAUGAAGAUAUAGGUGCUUAUAUACUGAACCUGCUUCAGAAUAUGUGUUGAUUUUUAAUACUUUGUCAAAUUUUUUAAUAUAAACAUUUUGCAUUACAUAAAAUCUUAGCUAAUAUUAAGAGAAAAUACAAACUUUAUUACAAAAUAU